UCAUUUUCCAAAAACUUCAACUCUUCACGUUUCAUGGUGAAAUUAGGCACUGGAAUCAAUCAUUUAAUAAUCACAAAGAUAGAAUGGUCAGAUUCAGCAAUGUAUUAUUGUGUAACACGGAGCGAUUAUUCAAUUCACUUUGGAGCUGGAACCUUUCUAUGGAUAAAAGGGUCUAAGAAACAGCAGUUCAACACCAGGACUGUGGUGCAGCAGUUGGUGUCUGACCCAGUGUACCCAGGAGACUCGGUGACUCUGCAGUGUACAGUAGACCGUGAGACCUGUUCAGGAGAACAUAGUGUUUACUGGUUCAGACACGGCUCCGGAGAAUCCCUUCCAGGAUUCAUUUACACCCAUGGAAACAGGAGUGAUGAGUGUGAGAAGAGCCCUGAGGCUGGAUCUCCUACACACGGCUGUGUCUACAGCCUCCCCAAGAGGAACCUCAGUCGCUCUGAUGCUGGGAUUUACUACUGUGCUGUGCUCACAUGUGGGGACAUACUGUUUGGAAAUGGGACACAGCUGGACAUUGAAGAAAAUGUUGUAGAUCCUUUGGUUCUGGGCUUCGGAGUGUCGCUCACUGCCUGUGUUAUUGUGAUUACUUUGCUCAUCUUCGUUAGAAAGAAUAAAUGCAACACUUGUUCGGGUGGCCAAACAAGGAGUCUGUCUCAGGGAGUCAGCAAUGAAAACUCAGCAACAGGACUCUCCACUUAUCAGGCAUGCCUGAAUGCGAACAAAUGGACAGAUUGUGAAGAAGAAAUGUUGCAUUAUGCUGCUUUGCAUAUCACUAACAAGAAGCUUCCAAAGAGCGAUAGAAAGAAGAGAGACAUGAAGCAGGAGAGCGUGUACUCAGAUGUGACAUGCAGAGACUGA